AAUAAAAAUAUUUCCAACUAUCUUUAAAGCAUUAAUUUACCUUUGUCGAACAGUUGUGCUUCCGACUGCUGACCUAGGUGCUACUACUUUUGCUGGGGAGCGACUGCCCCCAACUGAUGUUGAACUCGGAGAAGCAGGCUGUAAAUCAAACACAUAUGAUAAAUACUUACACGAAUGAGCACCAACUAAAUUAUAAUAUUACCACAAUAAAUGUUCUGAAUUCAAUAAACCAUUGAGUGACAUAUCUAAGAUGAACACUUAUGUUAUUAGUCAAUCAAGCUAUUAUUUACAACUGUUAUUAAAAUCACAGAGGGUAAGUUAUAGUCUCUUACCAUCACGAUCCACUAGAGAAGAGUGACAGAAUGGAAAUGAAGAAUAUGACACGAACUUUCCACUUUGUGCUACCUUCCACGUCGACCCAAGGGAACAAUUUUGAAAGGUAACAAAACUCCAGGUUUAUAGCUAAAUGAUUUACAUAAAAUUAAAAUUAUCCUUUAUAAUAUAAAUUUAAGCGUUACAAUAGUGUUAAAAAAAUAUUUAUUAAAUAAUUUAAUUAAUAUUUCAUGCAAGGCGAUGUUAAAGUUAAACUUAAAUAACCUUGAUAACUUGACCAAAUAAUAAAGAAUUCAUAAUUAAAUUUUAAAAAUCGCUUAUUUAAUUUUUUUUUAAAUAAAUGAAGUAUAACAGCACCAUGUGAACUUGAAAACAAAUUUUGUUAUCAAAGCCAUGAUUGCGGGAAGUUCAAAUUUUCGAAUAUAAAAACAGAUGCUGUAUAUCACUUAUUAGCUAUAGAAAUCUUUUGUGAUGAACAAUUAUAAAUAUUCCUGCAAGUUAAGAUUUAAUUUUGAAAAAAGAAAUAGACAAGAAAGAAACUUUGGGCGAAGUUGCCAAUACAGAAAAAGUAAGUGAUGAAUUAAAUUUGACACAUAUGUUUACAUCAUUCAAGAUUAGAAUUUUACAUUUUGAAAUGCUAUUGAUAAUCGUGAAAACGGUGCUUUUGGUUCUAACAAUAUUUUUUAUUUCCAUAAAGUGUGAUCAAAAAUUUGGCAUGCUUGAUUUCCCCGAUUCUCAUGAUCCGAAACCUACUUGUGAUUCUAAACAAGGUGUAUACAAAGAAGCAGCAGUUGUGUCUAAUACUGAAUUUUGUUCUGCAAUUGGUAGCGAUGUGCUUAAAAAGGGAGGAUCAGCAGUCGACGCAGCGAUUGCUACUCUACUCUGUGAAGGUCUGUGCGCCAUGCAAAAUAUGGGUAUCGGUGGCGGAUGUUUCAUGACUAUUUACAAUAAGCGAAUAAUUGUGUAGCGUGCUUGGACGCUCGAGAGGUAGCUCCGCUGUCAGCAAGGCCAGAUAUGCACAGUGGCUGCUAUUUUAAAUCUGCUUCUGGUAACUUAUCUGUCGCUGUGCCUGGUGAAUUGAUGGGUUAUUGGGAAGCUCAUCAAAAAUAUGGAAAAUUGCCUUGGUGUGAACUAUUCCAGCCUGCUAUAUCUAUGUGCCUAAAAGGGAUUCCAGUAAACAAACGUCUUGCGAAAUCUUUUUCAGAGAGUGGCAUGGGACCAGAAAUAAUGAGCAGUGAAUCUCUAAGGAAAUUGUUAGCAGAAAAUGGUAAACUUCCUUCUGUAGGAGACACAUUUCGAUUACCUAUUCUCGCGAAGACCUUAACUAUCAUUGCGAAAUCUCCAAGAGGAGCUUUGGAAUUAUAUAAUGGAUGCCUCACUGAAACAUUCAUUAGAGAUUUGAAAAAACUGGGAUGUAUAAUUACUACUGAAGACAUGAAUAACUAUAGGGCUGUGUGGAAACAUCCUGUGAUGGUGAAUUUAAAAAAAGAUUACGUUGCUUACAGCGCUCCGCCGCCAGCUAGUGGAAUUAUUCUCCUUCUUAUUUUAAAAGUAUUGGAAAGUAUCAUAAGCGAUGAUGCUCAGGCCAACAUUAUAGCAGUAGCGGAAGCAUUUAAGUUUGCGUAUGCGCUUAGAAGUGAAAUAGGCGAUCCCGACUUUGAGAAUUUAAAAGAGAUUAUGAGUAAAAUCGGUUCCGACUGUUAUUUAUCUGAAAUAAGAGAUAAGAUAUUAAAGACCAGAAGAACGAUGAAUCUCCCAGAAGAUUAUGGUGCUAAAUUUACGACACCCGAUGAUCAUGGUACGGUGAAUAUUGUUGUCCUAGCUCCAAAUGGUGAUGCUGUGUCUGUAACAAGUACUAUAAAUACUUUAUUUGGUUCAUUGCUUGCCUCUGAAAAUACUGGCAUAAUACUUAAUAAUGAAAUGGAUGAUUUCAGUUCUCCGAAUAUUAUCAACUCAUUCAAUUUACCCCCUUCGCCUGCAAAUUAUAUAAAAGGUGGGAAAAGGCCAUUAAGUUCCUCUUGCCCAACGGUGAUUGUUGAUAAGAAAGGAGAUGCUCAUCUUAUCACCGGCGCAGCUGGUGGAACGCACAUAACUACUUCUACAGCUCAAGUAAUCAUGAAUUUUUUAUGGUUUGAUUUGAGUAUCAAGCAAGCGGUAGACAUACCUCGAAUACACCAUCAGCUGUUUCCAAUGGCCCUCAGAUAUGAAGAGGGUAUAGAAAUGAAAUUAUUGCAACGGGCGAAGCACGCCGGACACAAGAUUAAGAAAGUAGGACCAAGCUCGUCAGUAACAGCCAUCGCUAGAAAACGAGACCAAAUAACAGCAUCUUACGAUUAUAGGAGAGGAGGUUCAACAGCUGGCUUUUAAAAAUAUUAAGAAAUAAACAUUUCUUACACGUU